UGGUAAUCAUCCGGGAGCUUGGCGGGCUGGUAGGUGUUUGUGAAAGUUCUUAGGAGUAGCCUGUAUUAUUGAUUGUUUAUAAACAAAAUUAAAGCAUAAAGAAGAAAACAAUCAGCGUAAGUUUUGUCUACAAUGUCGAAAGAAGCAAGGCCAGAGUUGUUUUCGGGAUGGGGUUACAUACCAGACAAAGUGAAAAAGGCACAAAAGAAAGUCGAGUCUUCACCAUACGAUGUAGAUGCAUGGAGUGUACUGUUACGAGAAGCAGCUAAUCAACCAGUGGAGAAGGCAAGACCAUUGUAUGAGCAACUGGUUGCUACGUUUCCUAACUCAGGGAGGUACUGGAAGGCUUACACUGACCAAGAGAUGAGGCACAAGAAUUAUGAUCGAGUUGAAAAGCUUUUUCAGCGUUGUUUGAUGAAAGUACUGAAUGCCGAUUUGUGGAAGUGUUAUUUGAACUACGUUCGAGAGACCAAGAGCUCUCUACCAUCGUUUCGUGAGAAGAUGGCGCAGGCUUACGACUUUGCACUCGAUAAAAUGGGAAUGGAUGUGAAUUCUUAUCAGAUAUGGGCAGAAUACAUCACGUUCUUGAAGGGGGUUGAAGCAGUCGGUUCUUACGCAGAGAACCAGCGAAUCACAGCUGUUCGGCGGGUGUACCAGCGGGGUAUUGUUAAUCCUAUGGUCAACAUUGAUGCUCUUUGGAAAGAUUAUGUACAAUAUGAAAAUAGCAUCAAUCCAAUUAUUGCAAGGAAAUUGUUAGAGGAUAGAAAUAGAGACUACCAGAAUGCGAGGAGAGUUGCUAAGGAAUUUGAAGCGAAUACAAAAGGUCUGAAUCGUAACAACCCUUCGGUACCACCAACAGGAACCCCUGAGGAAGCUAAACAGGUCGAAUUAUGGAAGAGCUACAUUGCCUUUGAAAAGAGCAACCCGCUCCGCACAGAGGACCAAACACUCAUCACAAAAAGAGUUAUGUUUGCUUAUGAACAAACUUUACUUUGUCUUGGACACCAUCCUGAUAUCUGGUAUGAGGCUGCACUCUAUUUGGAGAACUCAAGCAAGAUAUUUGCAGAGAAAGGAGAUAUGAACAAUGCAAAGGUUUUCAGUGAUGAGGCUGCAGCCAUCUACGAAAGAGCCAUUACUACUCUACUGAAGAACAACAUGCUGCUCUACUUUGCAUAUGCAGAUUUUGAAGAGGCACGAAUGAAGUAUGAUAAAGUUCACAAUAUCUACAAGAGGUUUCUGUCUAUUGAAGAAAUUGAUCCUACAUUGAAAUGGUAAUAUAUUUGUAUAUAUGUAUAUAUAUAUCUGUACAUGAAGUUUGGCAGGAGAGCAGAGGGAAUCAAAUCUGCUCGCGGCAUAUUUAAGAAAGCACGAGAGGACUCCCGCUCACAGUAUCACGUCUAUGUAGCUGCUGCUUUGAUGGAGUAUUACUGUAGUAAAGACUCUAAGGUAGCAUUCAAGAUCUUCGAGCUAGGCCUUAAAAAGUAUGGCCACAUCCCAGAGUAUGUCCUAACGUACCUGGAUUAUCUGUCACAUUUGAACGAGGACAACAACACUAGAGUACUCUUUGAGAGGGUAUUGACAUCAGGAUCAUUACCGAUGGAGAAGUCAGGUGAGAUUUGGCUGCGCUUCGAAGACUUUGAAUCAAUGUGUGGUGACCUCUCCAGUAUACUGAAAGUGGAGAGAAGACGAUUUCAAAACUUUGUGGAUGAGUUCAAAGACAGGGAGACUGCACUCCUGAUUGACCGGUACCGCUACCUUGAUCUGUACCCCUGCUCUCCCAGUGAAUUAAAAGCUCUUGGUUACAGGGAUCUUAUCAAAAGAAGUCCAGUUACUCAGAUCUCAAGGCAUCUCAAAAACCCAGAUGCCUCUUCUUCCACUUUGACAGAAAACAUGGAAGAACUAUCGGAAGAAAGAAAGAAGCCAGAAUAUCCGAAACCUGACUUAUCUCAGAUGUUGGCUUUCAAGCCAAAGGCAUUUGCACCUGUCGGUUCUCAUGUCGUUCCUGGUGGUGUCUUCCCUCCUCCUCCAGUUGCAUCAUAUGUUAUGUCAUUACUUCCUCCGCCAACAUCUUUUCAAGGACCGUUUGUGAGAGUAGAUGACCUGAUGCGAAUGGUCUCAGAAUGUCAGUUAACAGAACCAUCCAUGGAACAAAUAUCAAAUGGGCAAAUGAAAGACGGUAAGGACACGGCAUCGCAAGAAAAUGAAUUAAAGAGGAAAAGGAAGCGUGAUGGAACUAAAAAUCAAAACGAGGAGUCUGAUGAAGAAGAUCAUGUUACACAAGCCGUCCCAGUACACGAUAUUUACCGCAGCAGGCAACAAAAAAGGGUCAAAUAGAGAAUAAUGUGCAAAUGAUUGUACACACGAUUGCACACGUGGUAUUGGUGGUGUAGUUAUUUGUCUGUAGGCCAAUAAUGGUGCUUUAACGUGUCAGUCUUGCAAAGUCAGAUGAUCAUUUAUGGAUUGAUGCUCAACAAUUGACCUUUCCGCUAAGCCCCGCCCCUUGGAUAUUGUUGCUAAGAAACAAGAAACGAAAGUGUUCAAACAUUGUGGGACAACAUGUGUGCUUGUUAGACGCGCGUGUUCCUGGCCCUCUUCUGGUUGGUCAGUUAAGUUUGAUUGACGGAGAGGUCCAUUACACCUUAGCUGUGAAUAUCAUGAAUUUUUAUUUUUAAAUUGCGAUAUAAGCUCUUGAACAUUAAUAUCUCUUAUCCAUAUUUCUAGCAAUAGUCAGCAAUUUGAACUGAUGAUUCGUUACUAUAUUUGGAUUUUUUAAGUUUCGUUUUUGCAACAUUGCUCCUGCAAAGAUAUUUCUUGAGCCGCAAAUACAUGAUACAGUAUGUACAUAUACUUAUGAUUCUUAAGUAUCCUUUGCCUUUAGUUUCAUGUGGUAAAACAUCAAAAAGGGAUGUCGUUGUUCAGUUGUCAUACUACGUUUUGUAAGAAAUAAAAUGAAUAAAGUUUAUUCAGGACGUUGAA